AAAAAUUCAAUGUUUUACAACCAUUUCUUAAAGAUUUUUUAUCAAUGAGAUGAAUUAUCGAUAAACAUUAGGACGAAAAUUGAUGAGUCAAUUAUUAUAUUUUUUUAUAAAAAUAUAUUUUUCUGAACUUUCCUAUAUCUCAACCAUUUAUAUGCAACACUGGAACAAUUUUUGAUCUUCUUCCCUACUUCUAGUAAGCCUUUAAAAGGGUAUAACGUAUGAUAAGAAAACAUCUCGAUGUUCUCGGGACAACCGUCUCCGUUGGACCGGGUGCGAAGACACCGAAAGAAUGUUGAUGAGUACUAUAAAAGGAUAAUGACAGUCGCGUGACAUUUUCAAACUGCAAACGCAUAAUUAUGUGACCGUUUUUUGUUUUUACUUUUCUAUUUCCCACGAUUCCCACUGCUUGAAGGAGUCGUUUACUACGCUCCUGAGCUUUAAGGUCCUCCCUCCUGUUUGGAGCAAGUUUUCUUCUUAUCUUUUCCGAUUUAUACCUACGAAAGGGGAAAUGAAGCGAGGAUACUCUCACCCAAAAAGGGGCAGAAAACGAAAUGAUGGGACACAAAUAAUGACUGCGUCAAAAACUAAACGUUAAGAAAAACCGAAUGGCAACUGGUGCGCCGUAAUCCGAUCAGGGAUGGCUUCCCGCGUGCCAUUCGCACGCAGAGACAAUUCAUUUUUCAAACCAUCGUACAGAAACGUUGAUGUGUUCGGCAAUCAUACGACCCAAGAAACUGGCGGCAGUUUGCCAACGAAUCCCGACACGCGAUUAUGAUCACAGAUCGUCCGACAUGCGGGAUCACUGCGGUGGUGGAUGGAAUUGACUGUUUGGUGGUGGAGUUUUAUUUUUCUUUUUUUGCUCAUCUUGCUUGAAAGUCCCCCAAAACUGGCAGUAUUCACCGACACAUUACGUUAAGCUGUUGCAUCGCUCUCCAGGCGCCCAAAGUGACCGACGGAAGUGCGCCACACACGGAGGCAAAGCAAAGCAACAGCACGAAAACAAAAACUUGGAAAAAAAACGGGACGAGAGUAUUAACAAGACCGAUCCGAAACAAAAGCAUUGUGCAUCAAUUCACUACCGCUAAGCCCAUUCUUUCCGAAGCCAAAUGCAAGUACGCGCUGCUUGGGAGUAAAGCCACAGGCCACACAAAAAAUACUGCCCAUGUUUUCCCGUGUUGCUCCUUACAUUUUCCUCCCCGGGCACGAUCAUGAAACGCGAACCGCGUGCGAAAGCGACGUUGCAACGAACUAAAAAGCACAUGCCGCGAACGGACCGCGAACCACGAACCCGGUGAAUCUGUCAACGCGACAGGGUGCGCGCGCGCGCUCGUUCGUAUAAACCCUUCCUGGGAUCCUGAUGUGUCGGAAAGAAACGGGAAAGGAACCAAGAAACCAAGAACGGCAACAACAAAAAACCGUGCCGGGUACGCAACGCCCGAACAGGACGAACUGCAUUCAACCUUCACGAUCAUUUGUCAAAUUGUCAAUUUGAUAGGAUAAUUUACGAUCGAAUAGUUGGCCGGGCAGGCUUGCGGACGUCCAACUGCACCAAACGGGUGACUUGCCAACGCCAUAAACAUGAGACGGAUUUCGGUACCUUUCGGGGUGGUUGAAUGUUUGUUUAGAAGGGUGCUGUUUUCCUAGCAAACUUUGCGUCUAAAACACAUCAGCUAGAAUGAAAUGCAGAGAAUUAAAGCCACCGAUCGUAAUUGUAAUUAAAGUCGUGGGUAGCUUCCGCAAAGUAAAAUUACUACCAAUGGAAAGAAGAACGGAAUAUGUCCUUUUUUGUGCUUGAACUUCAAGUGAGGGAAUAGGCUAAGCACGCAUUGAAUUGAUGGUGUGCGAAACGAUUCAAUUUUCGAUCCCGAUGUCGUAAGGUCUUAGGCGAUCGCUGUCGGCACUGUUUGCUGUCGGGUGACGAACGCUUCUUUAAAGUGGCCGCAUCGUUAACAGCAACUCCUUAUUCGGUAACGAACUGCAUACAGUGCUCUUGGUUCUAGAUUUGUUUCCACUUUUUUGUAUUCUUUCAUUUAAAGUUUGUUGAGACAACAACACCAUCUUUAAAUUAUUUUCUUUCUAAUACAAACUAUCAAAAUGCAUUAGUUUAUUGAAGAUUUGGUUGUUUUCUUAUUAUAAAGUUGUUUUUUCUAAGUUUUUUUAUAGUAAAUAAUGAAGAUGAAUUAAUAUUAAACCUAAUACCAGAUAAAUUCCGAUAAUUAACCAGAUUCUGCUUUCUUCAGUUCUGGAGUUCGUCGUUUUUCAACUUUUCUUCGCCCUGCCAACGAAGUCUAGGUUUUGGUGAGAUUUCACAACGACACUGAAUUAAAUUCUUCAUAUUCUUAUAAUAUAUACAAAUUGUUUAAAGACAUCACUUUUUCCUUAAAUUUUAAUUUCUACAAGGAGGUAAAACGCGCAUUAGAAAUACUGGUUACAACGAUGUUUUUCAAAUUGGGGUUAGAGAACUUGUAUACUAUAAAAAUAUAUUAUUCAAAUAUUUAAUACUGACAUCACACAAACGUGUUCCCAAUGCAAAUGAUUCUAAGCGAACACAUUCGUUAAUCAAAAGCUUUCAAACACAUUAAUCAUGAUUUGCCAUGCAGAGCGUCGAAGUAGAAAAACUGUCCCCAAUAUUUCAAUUUUUCUAUAAACCCACCCGCAACUCUAAUUUAUGCAGAUGUAAUGUCCUCUCCCUCCCCUCGACAAAAGGUAAUAAAGUAGUUUUCAAUAUGAGAAAACUUUGUUCCGCUAGGCUACGAUAAUAAAUCAGCUAAACAUCCAUAACCGCCGGGAUAAAUGUGCUUUCGGUUACCGCUGCUACUCAGAUCCAGGAAAACCAAAACAAAAAAAAAACUUCAAUAAAAAAAUAUGUUGUCCACACUAAAUCAUUCGCCCCAAUUCUUCACACUAAUUCUCACUAUCUUAAUACGUACUCAUUUAUUUCCCAUUUUGUUAUUGCCUUUUCCACAGAUACGCUUGCAGAAAACCCUGCGCUACGGCACACACACACGCAUCCCACAUCGAGAUGAUUCUCAACUGCUAUCGAUAAGUAUCCCCGUGAUCGGAUGCUACUAUCGCGGGCCUCCUUUCACUAGAGUUGGCCCGAACGUAUAGACACGAGGAGUUCCCGGUUGUCACAAUCUACUCCGAGUCAGGCCAACAUGACGCACCAACAGCGACGAGUUGCACCGGUCGAAUGUCCGUUGGCAUCGCUGGGACGCAACACACCCUCGAUGGACACCCGUCAGUAUCAUCAUCCGCUCAGCUCCAGCCCGCUCGAUCCACAAGCUUACCAGAUGUCUCGAAGCUCACCGAUCCUGACGCUCGAGUCCGAUCUUUAUCCGCCCGAUUCCGGUGGCCUGCUGUCGACGGGAUGCAAAGGCGAACAACCACCGGACGGUGGCGUACCGGAUGGUAGUGGCGGUGGUAGCGGUGGUGGCGUUAGUAACGGUUCACUACUUUCCCGCAGUUCUUCUUCCUCGCUCGAUCAAAACGGUUCCUUUCUGCAUCAAGCUUUACCGCUGCCACUGCAUCCACCGCCCACAGUCAAUGGGCACCACGGGCACAGACGAGACUAUCGGCCGGUACGGCCCCGAACCUACACCCCGAUCGAUGCACUACUGACCAACACAUACCAGCAGCACCACCAACGGCUAUCGCCGGUGUUGCGAGGCUCACAGGGAGGCUACCAUCAUCCAGACGAUCCACCACCGCCGGGGCUGGGCGGACUGUCCGAAGCGGACCGGUACUUUCUCGAGGAGAAGAUGGACGCGCUCUACAUUCAAGGUGCCAUUCGACGCAAUGCCAACGCCACACCGUCCAGCCUGACGCGCAAUCAGUCGAGCAGCAGCAACAACACCGAACGGUACUACCUCGAGAACGAAAACAUCGAUGCGAUCUACAACUUCUGCCGACGCAACGGUGGUACGGCGAGUUCGGUAGCGGCACACAACGCACACAAUUCCUCAUCGCAAACAUCGUCCCAGGCGCAGUCGCAGGUGGACUGUCUUGAUUCCAGCUCGCCCCAUCUGCUUCGGCGUGCGUCUAGUCCGGAAACGAGUGGUUCCGAUCGGUACCUGCUCGAUCGGAUACGUGGCUCACCGGCCUUCCAUAGCCCGCGGGGGACACACUUAAAGGCCGUCGGGUCGGCAGAUUUCAUCGAUGGAAGAAUUCCACUCACCAAAUCGCAACACUACAACGAUGGGCUUUCGCGAUACGGACGAUUCUCGCCAAAUCUUGACCAAGGCUACCACACGCUCGUGUCUCCUUCACCCUCGGGACAACAGCAAUCAUCGAUUCCGGCUUCUUGGACAACGGCCGGUAAUCAUGGUUCGGGUGGUGGCACCAACUCAACCUCCUCCAGUCACGGAAGUCCGGCCCAAACGAACACACCCGUGGUCGGUGGAAACGGUACCAACGGUAUCGGUGCCAGACCGGACGGUACAACCAUUCUGACGAGUCUUGGUAAUGGACACGGUACAAGCCUGUACCGGUCCGGACCACUGUUCGAUCGUGUACCGGACGAGCUGAUGGUGCGCAUUUUCGAAUGGCUAGACAGUAGCGAACUGUGCAAUAUUGCUCGUGUUUGCCGGCGGUUUGAAUCGGUCAUCUGGAAUCCGGCACUGUGGAAGAUAAUUAAAAUUAAAGGUGAAGAAAAUAGUGGCGAUCGUGCCAUCAAAACCAUCCUUCGAAGGCUUUGCGGUCAAACGCGAAACGGUGCCUGUCCCGGUGUGGAACGUGUGCUGCUUGCCGAUGGUUGCCGACUAACGGAUCGUGGGUUGCAACUGCUUUCCCGACGCUGUCCGGAGAUUACGCACCUGCAGAUCCAGAACAGCGUUACCAUCACGAACCAGGCACUAUCGGAUCUGGUAACCAAGUGUACAAACCUGCAGCAUCUAGACAUAACGGGUUGUGCCCAAAUUACGUGCAUUACCAUUAAUCCAGGGUUGGAACCACCGAGACGACUGCUGCUACAGUAUCUGGACCUAACCGACUGUGCGUCGAUCUGUGACGCUGGUAUCAAAGUCAUUGCCCGUAACUGUCCCCUGCUGGUCUACCUAUACCUUCGACGGUGUAUACAAGUAACAGAUGCCGGGCUUAAGUUUAUUCCAAACUUCUGUAUCGCGUUACGUGAACUAAGCGUCUCGGACUGUACCAGCGUAACGGACUUUGGACUGUACGAGCUGGGAAAGCUCGGUGCAACCCUGCGAUAUCUUUCCGUUGCCAAGUGCGAUCAAGUUUCGGACGCCGGGUUGAAGGUGAUCGCUCGAAGGUGCUACAAGCUGCGCUAUCUGAAUGCCCGCGGUUGUGAAGCGGUUAGUGACGACUCGAUCAAUGUGCUGGCCCGCUCCUGUCCACGGUUGCGGGCGCUCGACAUUGGCAAGUGCGAUGUGAGCGAUGCCGGGCUGCGAGCUCUCGCCGAAAGCUGUCCGAAUCUGAAGAAGCUAAGCCUACGCAACUGCGAUAUGAUCACGGACCGGGGGAUACAGUGCAUUGCGUAUUACUGUCGGGGGUUGCAGCAGCUUAACAUUCAAGAUUGUCAAAUCUCGAUCGAAGGUUACCGGGCGGUCAAGAAGUACUGCAAACGGUGCAUUAUCGAGCAUACCAAUCCUGGGUUUUGCUAGCGUAACGCAGCAGGGGCCGUAACCGGUGGCUUUAGCCGGUGGCAGCAUUUAGUAAGCGAGUCGUUAGUUAAUUGUAUGCACUGUGUAAGGAGGUAUUGUAACAAAUUGCUUCUAGUUAGACUUACAGCCCGUUGUUUCAUACAAACAAGCAAGUGUUAGUAGCUUAAGCAAAUCUGAUCCAUGCUGCCAAAAAAGAAGAACGAAAAAAAGCGAUCGACAAGUACGCGAAGGGAAGACUUCUAACCUAAAUUAAGCUGACACAGUUCUACGGUACUCGAUGAUUCUAAUUAGCAGUGCGAUGGGAAGUUGUCCCAACAUUAUACAACCAGGUGCAUAGAGCUGAUGAGACUGUAGAUUCGUCGGGUUUUUGUUUUCUUUUGAGUAGGUUUUAAAUCAUCCGUUAGGCAAAUGUGUUUUAACGGAAUGCAUCGUCCCGUUCUGCAGAGGACACACAGGUGAUUGCAGGUGUAUAUUUACUUUUACGUGUGAAUAUGUAUGAAUCGAACGUUUGUGCAUAUCAAUUGAAUGGUCGAUUUGGUUUUAAUUUGUUUUAGAUGGAAAAAUUUUAGCAAUGUGUUUUGUGCCCUUUUUAUUUAUGUAAAAAAAUAAACAAAUAUACGAUAUUUAUUUAAUAAAUUGA